AUGUUGACCCAUUAACUUGCUCUAGUUUUAAGUCGAAAAAGGCUUGCUAGCUACUUGCAAUCUUGAUUCUUGAAAAUGGCUGAGCAGAGAUGGAUAUUCUCUCUUCUCUCCAUUCUAUUGGUUACUCUGAGGUUCGAGUGCUUGAUAGGGAAAGAGAUUAAAGUGCCAGUAGGAAUAGUUCUUGAUCAGAACUCAACAGUAGGAGAAAUGGCAGAAAACUUCAUGGCCAUGGCAAUCUCAGAUUUUUAUGCUGCAAAUGAUAAUUAUCAAACAAGGCUCUCUCUCAUAAAGAGAGAUUCCAGAGGUGAUGUUGUUUCUGCAGCUUCUGCUGUGUUGGAUUUAAUGGAGAAUGAAGAAGUGCAAGCCAUUAUAGGGCCUCAAAGUUCAUCACAAGCUAAUUUUGUGAUAGAGCUAGGAGGAAAAGCACAAGUUCCGAUCAUUUCCUUCUCAGCCACUAGUCCUUCUCUUUCACCAGCCAAAAGUCAAUACUUUGUCCGAACAGCUCAUAAUGAUUCAUUUCAAGUGAAAGCCAUUGCCAGCAUUGUGCAUGCUUAUGGUUGGCAGGAAAUUGUUAUCAUUUAUGAAGACACAGAUUAUGGAAAUGGUUUGAUUCCAUAUUUGUUAGAUUCUUUCCAAGAAUUAGGCACUCGAAUCUUCUGUAGGAUCAACAUUCUUGCGUCUUAUACAGACAAUGAAAUCACAAGAGAACUCAAUAACAUGAAGAACAAGCGCAGAAGUAUUUUUGUUGUGCACAUGGCAGCCACCAAUGGAGCUAGGCUUUUUUCACUCGCCAAGAAAGUGGGGAUGAUGGGAGAAGGCUAUGCAUGGCUAGUGACACAAGGAUUAUCAAUCUUAUUAGAUCCUGUAGAUGAAAAGGUGAUGAUGGAUUCCAUGCUAGGUGUAUUGGGUGUAAGGCCAUAUAUUCCCAAUUCAGAAAAGCUUAAAAAAUUCAAACCUAGAUGGGAAAAAAAUUUCUCUUCAAAUAGGAAGUUAGAUGAAUUAAAUCUCUUUGGUUUAUGGGCAUAUGAUACAAUUUGGGCAAUAGCAAUGGCAGUGGAGAAGACUGUUGAUAAUGUAAAAUCAAGCAGCUUGAAGCAUAAUCGCACUGGCCAAAGCACAAGAAUUAAUCUUGAAGCUGCCAUAGGAAUUUCUUCAAUGGGGCCAAAACUCUUGAAAUCUAUACUGAGUACAUCUUUUCAAGGGCUAAGUGGGGAGUUCCAUUUAGCUAAGGGAGAGCUGAAACCUAAAGCCUUGGAAAUAUUCAAUGUGAUUGGAAACAAAGAAAGAAUUCUCGGAUAUUAUAGUCUAAAUGGAGUGCUUUCAAAAAGCUUAACUUCGAAAGACAAAUUCAAACAACCAUUAUGGCCAGGAGACACACUUGAGCAACCAAGGAAAUUAAGAAUUGGGGUUCCAGUGAAAACUGGAUUUAGUGAGUUUAUGAAAGUGAAAUGGCAUCCUGAAACUGCUGAGCCUAUUGUUUCAGGAUUCUCUGCAGAUGUUUUCCGCGAAAUGCAUAAGAUGUUACCAUUUCCAUUGCCAUAUGAGUUCAUUCCCUUUGCUGAUAAAGACAGGAAGAGUAGAGGAACUUAUGAUCAACUUCUUGAUCAAAUCAGAAAACAGGAAGUUGAUGCUGCUGUGGGAGAUAUAACAGUAGUGGCUAAACGUUCAUUGUUUGUAGACUUUACAUUGCCUUUCUCAGAAUCAGGAGUUUCCAUGGUGGUUCUGAUGAAACAUGAUGAAAGGGACAAUAUGUGGAUUUUCUUAAAGCCACUGAGCCGGAAUCUUUGGCUGACAACUGCUCUAGCUUUUAUCUUCACAGGUUUAGUGGUAUGGGUGCUCGAACAUCGAAUAAAUACAGAUUUCAGAGGGCCUCCAGAUCAACAGUUCAGCACAGUUUUCUGGUUCUCCUUUUCAACACUAGUGUUUGCACACAGGGAGAAGUUGUUGGGCAGCUGGACAAGAUUUGUUGUGAUCAUAUGGUUUUUUGUGGUGCUAAUCAUAUCCCAAAGCUACACUGCUAGUUUAGCUUCAAUGUUAACAGUGAAGAGAAUGCAGCCUACCUUUGCUGAUGUUAAAGAGAUUCAAAGGAAUGGUCAUUUUGUAGGAUACCAAAGCAAUUCUUUUGUGAAGGAUUUCUUAAUAAAACAGCUGAACUUCAGUGAGUCCAAGUUGAAAAAUUAUAGCACCCCAGAAGAUUAUGCUGAAGCAUUGUCUCUUGGAAUCCACAAUGGUGGUGUUGCUGCUAUUUUUGAUGAAAUUCCUUACAUCAAACUCUUUUUGGCCAAAUUUUGCUCCAAAUUCCAAAUGGUGGGGCCAACCUACAAAACAGAUGGAUUUGGCUUUGCCUUUCCACUUGGGUCCCCAUUAGUUUCAAAUAUUUCAAGAGCAAUCUUGAAUGUGACUCAAGACAAAGGUAAAAUGGACAUAAUUGAGCGGAGUAACUUUCCUGACGAGAAUGCAUGUGAUGAUCAAAUUGCCCCAAACUCUUCAGGUAGUCUUAGUGUGACCAGCUUUGGGGGCUUGUUCAUCAUCACAGGACUUGCUUCCAUUUUUUCUCUAUUGAUUCAUAUCAUGAAGUUCAUUUGGUUUCAUUGGCCUAUUUCAAACACCACCCACCACCCAGAAGGAAUAUCUUUUUGGUUAAGAAUUCUUGAGUUGGCAAAGCAUUUUGACCAGAAAGAUCCCUCUGUUCAUCAUGAUUCUAGAGUUCAUCCCACAACAAGUCCUGCAGCUACAAGUGUUGGAGCUUCACCUGAUCAUAAUUUUGAUGACCAUACACAUAAUCUUUCCAGGAUCCCUUCCCAAGGAGCUGAGGUUGUUGCUAGAUAUCAGGACAAUCAGAAUGAAACGACAGCUACAAUCCCCCCUAACUCACCAUAGAAAAUUACUUUUAUGUUUAUACUAAUGGCAAUUAAAGGGGUAAGAUUUUCGAUAUUAUUUGUAUUUUUCUUUCCUUUGAUUAGGGUUUUAAUUUGCUACCCCUUAUCCAAUAAUAAUAAUAAAUAUUUAAGGAAGUUUUCAUGUAUGUUUCUGAUUUGGAUUUUUUAAAUAGGAAUAGCGGAUGUAUUGCCAAACAAAGGUGUUUAUAGCAUGAUUGUGGCCUGAUGUUUUCCA